AUGCCCUGGUGCUUGGAUGUUGCCCCAGGCAACGGAAAAAUUCCGCGUUCAUCGCUUCCAUUGCAACUUAUUCUGCACCUUAAUCGUCCUAUAUCAUGCAUUUUCGUUGCAGUUCUUUUGUUUUUAUACUUCUUUAAAGUGUCAGUACUACCAUAUGCGACAAAUGCCAAAAUUUGCGAACUUUUGCUGAUUGUUCUUUUCAUUCCAAAUGAAGCGAUACGUUUAUAUUGGGCACGCAAAGGGAAUCUAACUGAAACGAGUGGCUAUUUAUCAUUCGCUCUUCUUCUGAAUGCACUUACUUUGUCACUUUGUGUUUACUGGGCUUUAUUUCAAAGCUAUGUUUUAUUCAUCGAAUUUGUUGUUGUUUGUGUGGAAGCCUUUCUUGUAAUUAUUGAAACAUGUAAAUUUAAAACCGAUUUAAUGUUACCGUUUUUUGCGAAGAAUUUUGUGCAAAUAUUUUCCCUCUUGAAACUUGUGCCCACAGAAUUGUCAUACCUGUAUGUUUGUUAA